GGCGGCGCGAGGCCAGGCCAGGCCAGGCCCGGCGGACCGGAGCGCACCGGCGAGGGCGAGGGCGAAGCGGCCGCAGCUGGGACCGGCCUGCCGGGAAGGGGGGAGCCUCGCCGGCGCGGCCUUCCUGCGACUGAAGAUCUAGUAUUUACAAGACGCCGGAUUCCAAAGUAGAGAUGUCUGGCACAUACGAUGACUCUCUUGGACUAGAGGUUUCUAGUGAUAGCUUCUGGGAGGUUGGAAAUUAUAAGCGGACAGUGAAGCGCAUUGAAGAUGGUCAUAGACUUUGCAAUGAUCUUAUGAACUGCAUUCAUGAGCGUGCAAGAAUAGAGAAGGUCUAUGCUCAGCAGUUAACAGAAUGGGCUAAAAGAUGGAAGCAGCUUGUAGAGAAAGGUCCUCAGUAUGGAACUGUUGAAAAGUCUUGGCACGCGUUUAUGCUUGAAGCUGAAAAAGUGAGUGAGUUGCACCUCGAUAUAAAAGGUGCCUUAAUGAAUGAAGACUUUGAAAAGAUUAAAAACUGGCAAAAGGAGGCCUUUCACAAGCAAAUGAUCGGUGGAUUUAAGGAGACCAAAGAAGCAGAAGAUGGGUUUAGGAAAGCCCAGAAACCCUGGGCCAAAAAGCUGAAAGAGGUGGAAGCGUCUAAGAAAGCAUACCAUGCAGCCUGCAAAGAAGAAAAGCUUGCAGUAUCCAGAGAGGCUAAUAGUAAAGCUGACCCAACCCUGAAUCCAGAACAGCUAAAGAAAUUGCAGGACAAAGUAGAUAGAAGUAAACAGGAUGUGCUGAAGACAAAAGAAAAAUAUGAAAGAUCUCUUAAAGAGCUGGACAAUGCUACACCUCAGUAUAUGGAAAAUAUGGAGCAGGUUUUUGAAAACUGUCAGCAGUUUGAAGACAAACGCCUUCGUUUUUUUCGAGAAGUGCUACUGGAAGUUCAGGAACAUCUUGACUUAUCUACUACUGGAAGCUACAAAAAUAUUUAUCGUGAAUUAGAACAGAACAUCAAAGGAGCAGAUGCUGUUGAAGAUCUGAGGUGGUUCAGGGCGAAUCACGGUCCCGGCAUGUCAAUGAACUGGCCGCAGUUUGAGGAAUGGUCAGCUGACCUGAACCGGACUCUCAGUAGAAGAGAGAAGAAAAAAGCUGCUGAUGGAGUGACCCUGACUGGCAUUAACCAGAUGGGAUACCAGCAAAACAAAAACAGCAACCUUAGUGUCCCGGGUAACACAGUGCAGUCAGUAGAGUCAAGUUACAAUCCCUUUGAAGAUGAAGAGGAUACUGGAAGUACUGUCAGUGAAAAGGAGGACAAUAAAAUCAAAAAUGUUAGCAGCUCUGAGAGAAACCAAAGUUAUCCCACAGAGUGGUCUGAUGAAGAGACCAACAAUCCAUUUUCCUCCAGUGAUGUACAAGAAGAAACAAACCCAUUUGAAGAGGAGGAGGCCUCGCCUACUGCCAUGGAGGUGCGAGUUCGAGCCCUGUAUGAUUAUGAAGGUCAGGAGCACGAUGAGCUCAGCUUUAAGACUGGGGAAGAGCUAACUAAAAUAGAAGAUGAAGAUGAACAAGGCUGGUGCAAAGGACGUUUGGAUAGUGGACAAGUUGGCCUAUAUCCAGCAAACUACGUGGAACCAAUACAGUGACAGCUUACUUUUAGAAGUACUGCUGAAAUGGUUGGUCUGAGCAAUAUUUAUGACUUGCAGUGAGGGAGAAACCAAACUCUGUGUCUGUUUUCUUUUAAUGCAGUUGAAUUAUGGACGUGACUCCUUGUCUUCAGAGAAAUCAUCUAACAAAGCAAAGCAAGCUAGAAAAGGGGAAAUGUUGUGCUGCUUAUACACAGCACAAACAACCAGGACAGAGUAAAAAUUAAUACAGCAAGGAAACUCUUGUUAGCACCUCUUGCCGGUUUCCUCUGUCAUUACUUUUUGUAUUUUGUUUCAGAUUUGCUGACUUAAUGCCUCAGUUCUUGCAUUCUGUGCUGUGGCCUUAUGUUGACUGUGGUUAUUUUAAAUGACUUUCAGUUAUUUGCAACUUGAUUUUUAAAAAUUGCAGUUAAUUUUGUAUCUGUUCCUAGAAAAUUUUGAAAGAUAGAAUUUUUAAAAUGUAAAGGCUUUAUCACAUCUUCUCAUGCCUGCUUCAUCAAUUAUUACUACUGCAGUUUAGAGAUGCAUUGGUCAAUGCCCCUUCCAUGUGGAAUUCUUUCUGCACUUCUUGUCUUCCCGUGCUGUUAGCACCAGAGAAUGUUGUCUGUAUUAAGUACUGUAUUACAUCUCUGUCACAGAACACUGUAACAGAAUUGUCUUUAAAUACUGCAAUUUGGGUGUUUCUUGUCAAUGAUGCCAACACAUUUUGAUGCCUGACGUGUUAAUUUCCUGAAUGAUGACCUUAGAGAGAUUUCUAAAAUCAAAAUAUUUAAGCCAGUUUCCACCAGAUUCUUGCUGAGAAAUUUCUACUUUGCCAGUUGUUAAUGAUUCUGUGAUUUUGAAAGUUAAAUAUAUAUGAUUAUUUUUCAAACAAAAGAGAUUGUAAAAUAGUUAAAUGCUUUUUAUUAAGAUGCUCUUUCAGUUGUGUGUGUAUAUAUAUGAUUUGAUACUCAGAAAUGUAAAGAGCAUGUCAUAACUAGCAAGCCAUUCAUUAUGGGUUAGAUCGAUCUGCUGGUGUCAAGCUGUACCCUAAAUGUGAGUUCGCUAUUGACUUCAAUGGGCUAUGGACUGUCCCCUUAGAUUAAGCUACGCAAUUUAAAUUAUAGGCUUAUUUAAAGUGGCUUUGCCAGUGCAUUCCCCUUUGGCUGUCAGGUUGGCCAGUGGCUCAAUCCAGUGCACAGCAGGAGCAGCACCGGAAAGGGCCCCCUCGGCAUAAUGGUGGAAGCUCAGCCUCUGCUGUGGAAUAUUGUAGCGGAACACUGCGAAAUCUACUACUUGUUUGCAAUGAAAAACAAGCGGUAAAACUGUAUGCAUUGAGACAGCUGAAUUGUGAACAUGUGAGAACAAAUUGCUUUAUAGAAAAUCUAAAUAUCAGGUAAGUAGAUAUGCUAUUUUAAGAAAUUACAUUAUAAUUGAAAUAACAUAUUUUGAUUGUUGUAAACGCUCCCUGACUGUUCCAUUUGCUUAUGUAGAUUGAUAUAUUUAUUAAUCUCCAAAAUAAAAUUAUAUACAGCCAAGAA